CAGUGUCGAAACUGGUUUCCCUGGGUUACCGUCAACAUUUUUGAGUAGCUUAACUCGGCCCACUAGCGUUAGCUGCGAAUGUGUGCUUAUAGUUAAUACCAUUUAUGAAUAGUUGUAUAUUGAACCAGACAGCAAUCAUGUGGCAGUCAAACUUUGCAUCGUUGCAAUUCAGCAGCAUAGGAAACUGACUAAUUAACAGCUGUUUGUUACAGUGAUCUAACCGAACACUAGCUAGCAUGCUACUGAAUGCAGUUCGUUCAUAGUUUUCAGGAUGAUAAAUCAAGAGUUCACGACACUGGCUUACACGAAAAGCCCGAAAACAUCGAAGCGGACAACAUUCCAGGAUGAACUUCGUGAUGCUGUCUCUGCUAGAGCAAGCAAAACAAAAACAGACUACUAUUCUGAUGACUUCAGUGAAGACGAAGAUGAAUAUUUCAAUGAACUCCUGAAAUCAAGAAAAAAGAAGGCAGAUGCAUUUAAGGCUGGGAAGAGUAAAGGCAAAAUCAAUGACUUUGAGCUUUCAGACGAUGAAGGCAAACAUGGGAGGACAAAGAAAGUUUCAUUCCUGAAAAGCCAGAGAAUCACCUCCCCGUUGGAUGACAUAAUGGCAUCGGUGCUGCAUGAAACCGAGCCACCAGACAACUCCAUCAGUGGACACAGCAAUUACAAUAACUCCUUUUCCUCACAACAGUCCACAAAUGUCAGCGAAGAUAACGCACAGUUUAAAAACAAUGGUGUGGAGUCUACCCAUCCUCAAAUGACGAUGGAGAGCUCCAGUGAAUCUAUGCCAUAUCAAACAUCAGGCAGCACUUUAAUGGACAUGCCUUUGCCGUUACCAUCUAACAGCAGUGUGAUGGGAGCUUCAGGUCCAGGGGAGAAGACAAACUCAGGUCUGGAAGAAAGCUCUGAGACUCCACAUCUGUCAACAUCUGACCUCAAAGAUGGAGCUUCAGAUGGGGAGCCACCCAGGCCCAAGCCAAGGCAAAGGACUCUGGGACUGAGCCCUCAUGCUGCAGAGAAGCUGCCUGAAGAGUCUCAAUCUCAGGAUCUCAGCAGGACCCAGCCCUCUGAAUCCAUUCCUCUUUCAUCGGAUACAUUCAGCAGCAUCACUUGGGCAGAAGGAUAUCAUGCAGUUUCACCCAGCUUCAGCAAAUUCUCUUCGAAUAAGAGUGAGCAGUCAGAGCUCUUCACAAAAUCCACAGUUCAUUCUGGAUCCAGAGAUGGAUUUGUUUCUGAUGACAACAAAGAGCAAGACGGAAAACACUCUACAUCAUUUAAUACCACUCAGAUCAUUAAGUUGCUUAACUCUCAUGUUCAGGAAGAAUCAUUUGACACCAGGACUUCAGGUCCUCAGUCUAAGACCACUCAGAGAUCUCAGAGCGCGUGCUCCAGGAAAGCAGAAUCAAGGUAUUUGGGAAGUCUCAAAGUCCUGGACAGUAAAGUAUCACUACAAGAGUCUCAGCCACAAGCGGCAGAUUUCCUCAGAGCUGCUAUUUACCAGGAAUGGCUUAAAAAGAAAAAGGAAAAGUUAAGAGAGGACAUGCAAAUAAAGAGGAAAGAGGAAAUCUUGAAAGAAAAGAAGAAAAGGGAAGAAGAGGCUAAAAAGGAAGAAGCUGUUGCAUCAUAUGAGGCUUGGAAAGAAAAGAAAGCAGAAAGUUUUCAAGCAAAAUCCAAAGAAAAGCACGAUAUGAUCAGAAAAGAGCAAAGAGUGAUCGAAGAGAAAGAAGAAAAAAGGCUGUCUGCUAAACAGGUGUUUGAUAAAUGGAAACAUGAGCAAGAUCAUCUACUCAAAGAGAAGUCCAGAAAACAGAGGGAAGCCGAAAAUAAACUUCAGGUAAAAAAGCAACAAAAGGAUGAAGAAAGAAAGAGAGAGAGCAGAUCUGCUUUUUCUAACUGGUGUGAAAAGAAGAAAGAUGUUCUCCAUAAAAAAGUCAUGAUGGAGCGUACAGAAAUUAAAAAUAAAGCAGAGGAGGAAGUAUAUUUGAAAGAAGAGAAAGAGAAACUGGCUUUAGAGAUGUAUGAAAAGUGGCUGACAAGAAAAGAUCUAGAACAGAAGAGGCAGAAAGAAGAAAGACAGAUACAGACGAUACUCCAAGAUAGUCCACCUCCACCGUGGAGUCCUCCUAAUAAAACUAUACCAUUUGGAAAAUAACACAAUGUAACACCAUUAUAAUAUCUGUGUGUGCACUGUAAUAUUUUAAAUUGAUUGAUUGAUUGAUUGA